CUCUGUGCCACCCGUCCCGGCUAGGAGGACGCAAUAAUCUGUGGAAAUUUGUGGGAUAAAUUUGAGGGACCCUCGGGUUUGUUACAGGGAGCCCCCCCUUUAGCUCUUCCCAUAGGUCCCUCACUAUGCCCUCUUGUUGAUCCACAUUUCGUGAGCACCCUCCCCUCCUCUCUAUCCAUUGACCGUUCCCCAUGUCAACUACAUAGUUCUUGGCCUAGUAUUCCUUCCAUUCAACAAGCACUUUGUCCCUCCUUUGUGCUUUGCCCUUGGUUGUGCAUACAUUUGCCUCCAGUCGCCACUUUAUUUCAAGGCAGGGCCAAAGCUGUUUUAUUAACUUAUUCUUAUAUGGACUCUCCCCGUUUAAGCCCUCUAAUCAUGUCUUCCAGACACAAGUCUAAGCCUUCCAUUGGACUUGCAUCGCUUCCUACUAUCGACACGUCCUAUUACGCCUCGUCCUCCGUUUCCUCCCCCUACGGCUCUCGCCACCCGCCUCCGCUGCCACCCACUGAAGUCAUUCCUCGACUAUACCUCUCCGACAUCUCCGCCGCCGAGAAUACCUCCACACUCCGUUCAUUAGGCAUCACACACAUCGUGUCCGCUAUGCUAGGUCUCGUCGUGAUACCGCACGGCCUGCCCGUGCAACAACUCCAGAUCCCUCUCCAGGAUAGCCCGUUCGCUGAAUUGGCAGAACAUCUACCGCGCACUACAGCGUUCAUCGCCGACGCUCUGCGCGAUCCACAUGCCCGUGUACUCGUGCACUGCGUUCAAGGCAUCAGCCGUAGUACGAGCGUCGUUUGCGCAUACCUUAUUGCGGUAUACGGGUGGACUCCCGCACAGGCUGUGCAGUAUAUCAAGUCCAAGCGUAGUCUCGCAGAUCCUAAUCCAGGUUUCGUCUCACAAUUGGGAGAGUACGCGGCCUCGUUACAACGAGGGGGCACUGGUGCUCCUGGUGGCAGCAGUAGCAACAGCAGAAGCAGGGCUGUGUACGAUGGCGAUGGGGUUUCGCGUCGGUCUAAAAAUCGUCCACCAUGAGGAAAGGCGUGGUUGUUGUAACUUUAUCUUUUCAUACAUCUGGGAUCUUCAUCUUGCUUCCAUCUUCUAGGCACCGUUAUAGCCCUUUUCUUACCUUAUGGCUGGCUUCACUUAUUCUACGGCUUGCUGUUACCAACAAUCCAUCACGUCAGACUUGCUCCAUCGCUCCAUCAUCGGCUACCCAUACUGUAUAUAGGGACAUUCAGAUUAUUUUUUUUUUACUGUAGCUACUCGUCAUUACUGCGAGCAUUAUACCUUACACCUCAUGUGUGUAUACCAAAAUGUACCAUUCUCACCGUCGUGUACUUUGCGCAAAUACAUGUUGUACUAUCUUUCACACCAACAGCACCAUC